GUGAGCUGAGUAACAGGCCAACGAUCAAGAAGUGAAAGCUGCAGAGUGUCAGUUUAAAGCUUGAGUUUGCAGAAGACAACUAUUCUGUUCAUCUAACUAGCACUAAGAUUUCACAUUCCUCACUCACUAUUGACACUGCAGCACUGCCAACAGGAACAAAGCUAGACGGUUUUAAGAUUGCUUCUGCUGUGAUGAAUAUCUUUCACGUUCUCUCCACUCUUUGCUAUGGACUUUUAUUAUUUAAGGUUAUCAACGGCUGGACAUACCAUGCCUCAGAGGAAAAUAUGAAUUACAUCAAAGCAGAGAACUGGUGUAAAACCCAUUUUACAAAUCUGGUUGCUAUUCAGAAUAAAGAGGAAAUUCACUACUUAAAUGCAACAUUUCCUAGAAAUUCAAAUUAUUACUGGAUUGGUAUCCGAAAAAUUGAGAAUGAAUGGAGAUGGGUUGGAACAAACAAGCAACUGACCGAAGAAGCUAAAAACUGGGCUGAAGGUGAACCAAACAACGGAAAAAAGAAUGAGGACUGUGUCGAGAUCUAUAUAAAACGAACAAAAGAUUCAGGAAAGUGGAAUGAUGAACCAUGUUAUAAAACUAAAAGAGCUUUGUGCUAUAAUGCCUCUUGUACUCCAGAUUCCUGCAGUGGUCGUGGGGAAUGUAUAGAGACAAUUAACAAUUACACCUGCCAGUGCAACAAAGGGUUCUAUGGACGUGACUGUGAACAUGUAAUAACUUGCAAUCAAUUGGAAGACCCAGAUCAUGGUAUCUUUACAUGCAAACAUCCAAUACAGGAUUUUGGCUUUAAUUCUUCUUGUGAUCUUCAAUGCAAGGAAGGUUACAAACCGACUGAGAUCAUGGAAUCAAUAACAUGUACGGAUUCUGGAAAAUGGUCUGCACCAUCUCCAUCCUGUAAAGUUGUGGAAUGUCCUGCACUACAGCAGCCUGCACAUGGUUUGUUCAACUGCUCCACCCCUUCUGAAAAUUAUGCCUGGAAUUCAUCUUGCACUUUUUCUUGCAAAGAAGGUUUCGUUUUGAAAGGCCCCAAUAUGCUCCAUUGUGGUGCAUCAGGGGAAUGGGAUGGACAGGAGCCUACAUGUGAAGUGGUGAAAUGUCAAGCAGUACGUCAAUCAGAAGGAAGCCUUCUGAAUUGUUCCCAUCAUGGUACAGAACUGAAGUAUAAGUCAACCUGUGAUUUUGCUUGUGCAAAGGGUUACACUUUAAGAGGCUCACCCCAGAUUCAGUGCUUAUCGGAUGGACACUGGAGUCAGCCAAUUCCUGUUUGUGAAGCCGUGUAUUGCCAUGAACUACAGCCUCCAGCUAAUGGCUCCAUGAGCUGCUCUGGUCCUUCUGGAAACUCUGCCUGGAAUUCCAUCUGCAAGUUUGCUUGUGAAGAAGGAUUUAAACUGAAUGGAUCCAGUGAACUCCAAUGUGAUGCUUCUGGACUCUGGGAUGCAUCACAACCAGAAUGUGAAGCAGUAAAAUGUGUAGCAGUGCAGCCUCCUGAAAUGGGAAUAGCCAAACAUUCUUCUGGCGACACAAAUCCAAGUUUCAAGUCAGUCUAUCAAUUUAGUUGCAUGGAGGGUUACACAUUGAAAGGAUCAUCCCACAUUCAUUGUUCAUCAAAUGGUGAAUGGUCUGAUCCAGUUCCUAUAUGUGAAGUUGUGGAAUGUCCUGCACUACAGCAGCCUGCACAUGGUUUGUUCAACUGCUCCACCCCUUCUGAAAAUUAUGCCUGGAAUUCAUCUUGCACUUUUUCUUGCAAAGAAGGUUUCGUUUUGAAAGGCCCCAAUAUGCUCCAUUGUGGUGCAUCAGGGGAAUGGGAUGGACAGGAACCUACAUGUGAAGUGGUGAAAUGUCAAGCAGUACGUCAAUCAGAAGGAAGCCUUCUGAAUUGUUCCCAUCAUGGUACAGAACUGAAGUAUAAGUCAACCUGUGAUUUUGCUUGUGCAAAGGGUUACACUUUAAGAGGCUCACCCCAGAUUCAGUGCUUAUCGGAUGGACACUGGAGUCAGCCAAUUCCUGUUUGUGAAGGUUCUUCAACACUUGGGAAAUUCGUAGCAAUUGGUACAUCACUCACUGGGCUUUCUGUACUAUCAGUGGUAUCAUUCAUUAUCUGGAUCCAAAAGCAUCUUCAAAGAAAAAAAAAAUCAUUCACUCUUACAAGCAGUGUCUCAAGCCUUGAAUCAGAAGGUAGUUUCCAAGCGCAAAUUGUUUAAUCAACCAGUAAAUGUGGACGUCUCUGAAAUGAUAUCCAGCCACUCAUGGACUGAGAUAAGUCACCUUUCGAGAAGCCUUUCUGACAUGGAUAAGUGGAAAUUCCUUGAGGAUAAUGAUUUGAGAAGAAGCAUCCUGUCCCACCACAACAAUCCUGUUCUAAUUCUGGCAAUGUAUCAAGGAAGAAUAGAAGCCGUCCAAGCAGCAUGGUAUAUGUUCCAGCCUUAUAUACUGUCCACCUGAGGAUAUCUUCUGGCCUUGAUAUUUUGAGCUCUGAUAGCUCCCUUCACUUUCUGUAAAUCUAGAACAAAGGUGUUGACAAUUUAUACUUUUUUUUAUAAAUGAUACUUUUGUCAUACUGAAAACGGUUAAAGGUGGAUGUAGACGUUUUCAUGUAAAAUUGUACAUUUUGUCUUUUGUGACGUUUCAAGAAGAGACCUCACAACUGUUAGUCAUCAGGGAAUAUUUAACUAUUAUGGUACAUUUAUUUACAAUACCUCUAGGGAACAGCUCAGUUUGGACAUAGAAAAGGGAGAUAUUAAUUUUUAGGGUAUAAUUUUCUAUAGUUUUUGAAGUUAUCAAAUUAAUACUUAGAAUAAUUUCAGAAUGGGAUAAUUCAUUAUCUCUGCCAAAGCCUAAACUUGCAGAAAUGUACCUACAUGUAGUCCUCUAAUGUCAAUAGCAUGUCUUGAAAUGAAUCAAGAUUUUUAAAAUGUUUCAUCCCUAUGGGAUUAGGACUGUAUUAUCUAAAUUACGAAUAGUAUUUAUUUCUUGGACAAUUGUAUGCAAUUUUGUGUGAAUCAAAGAUGACCAAACCUGUUUUGGAAGCAAAGUAUAAGUGAAACAAUUCUAAAAAUCAUCCUCCAAAAUAAACCCAGAACUAAUUUUUUAAAUGGAAAUUUGUUUGAAAGUAUUUAUACAUUAUAUUAGGGAAUAGCUUAAUAAGUAACACAGAGACAUCUAUUAGUAAUUUAGUAAUUUAGUAAUUUAAAUUACUCCUGAAGGAUCAACAUUCCCUCCUGAAAAUCCCCCUGCAUAUCUGUAGUUGUAAUCUAAAAUUUCUGUUCAUUCUACAGUUCCACAAAUUUGAUUGUUUCAAUUGUAGGAAUGUAUUCACACAUUGCUCUUAAACCAUCAUAUGCUUUGUUUGUCUUAAUAUGAAAUGUUAAGAAAAGGUAUGAAUAUCUAAGCCCACAAUUCCUUAUUUUUAAAUAAAAGUUUAU